AGGGAGGGAGAGGAGCAUGCGGAGACCUAAACACUGCCCAAUUAGCAUUAACGAAGACAAUAACCAGAAAAGGGUUGCUGGUCGCACUAAUGAGUGGUCUUCCACCUACCAGUAGAACUCUGAAGUUCUACCAAGAGCUUUGCAGCUGGUAACGGGACAGACAGUGAGAAGAAGAAGUUGUUUUCCCAGCCCAUGGAAGAGCACAGGGUGAUGCUGGAAGGACCCAGAGAGGAGCCGCAGAGCCCCAAGGUGGACAUGGACCACGAUGUUCAGCAUCAGCCAGAUGAUAAGGAAGGUAGCCAAGUACCAAGAAGACCCCGAAAAUGCUCUUUCAAAGGGACGUAUGCUGAAGACCUUCAAGAAGACGCAAGCCAACCAAGGAGUAGCUCCACACAGAAGGUGUACAAGUGUGGGGAGUGCAAGAAGAUCUUCACCUGGGGGAGCAGCCUGACCCGUCACCGACGGAUCCACACGGGAGAGAAGCCCUUCAAGUGCCUGGAUUGUGGGAAGAGCUUCACGCAGAGCGUGGUCCUCCUGCGUCACUGGAGGACACACACCAGGGAGAAGCCCUUUCUCUGCACCACGUGCGGGAAACGCUUCUCCUGGCGCUCGGACCUCACUACCCACCAACGCAUCCACACCGGAGAGAGACCGUACCCCUGCUCGCACUGCGAGAAGACCUUCCGGAAGAGGUCUCACCUCAUAAGGCAUGAGCAAGUCCUCCACAAUGGCACCGAGAGCUCCCAGCUGAAGCCAGGACAACCACCCCAGGUGCUGAGGGAGAAAUUGGAGACCAAGAAGGAGCAGACACUGAUGAGACAAGGGGGGGGCAUGAAGAACACCCGUGCAGCCACCAGCAAGCCGGUGACCCAUGCUAAGCCGAAGACCCAUAUAUGCCCAGAAUGUGGGAAGACCUUCUGCUGGAGAAACAGCCUGAGACGCCACCAAAGAAAUCACACGGGAGAACGACCCUACAAGUGCCCAGAUUGCGGGAAGACUUUCAAUGACUUCUCCAACCUUGUCACCCACCACAGGAUCCAUAAGGGAGAGAGACCGUACGAAUGCCCCGAGUGUGGGGAGUGCUUCACCCAGAACUCGAGCCUUUCCAGACAUCGGAGGACCCACACUGGUGAAAAACCUUUUUCCUGCUCUGAUUGUGAGAAAUCCUUUACUCAGAAGCAAAAACUUAUCUUGCACCAGCGGAUCCACACUGGGGAGAUGCCGUACAGCUGCCAGCAAUGCCAGAAAACCUUUCGGACCAGCUCCCACCUCGCCACACACCAGCAGAACCACACGCAGGAGAGCUCCUAUGCAUCAUCGCCCCCCGCCCGGCCGCUGCCCCCGCCGCCCCCCGCAGCUGACAGGAUGGCGGAUGGGAAGGAAAAGAGUCUGGAGGAACCAGAAGGAUCUGAGCUGCUUUGCGACCCAUUUGAGGUGGACAUCCCCCAAGAACUAAACCCAAUGGUGCAGCACGACUGUGAGAGUCAACCACAAGCCCCUGAAGAACCAAGUAAGGCCGCCCAUGGACGCCCAUCACCGCGGAAGGGUGGACGGCUGCAAGCUCGCCGUGGGAGCCGUGCAACGAAGAAACCCUAUAGCUGCAGCAAGAGUGGGGCCACCUACGAGGCCCCCUAUAGCUGUCCUGACUGUGGGAAGCUCUUCACUCGGAGGUCCUUCCUCAUCCCCCACCAGCGCAUCCACACCGGCGAAAAGCCCUUCACCUGCCAUGAGUGCGGGAAGGGUUUCCGAGUUGGUUCAGCUCUCAACAAGCAUCAACGGAUCCAUACGGGUGAGAAACCCUAUAAGUGCUCGGACUGUGGGAAGCGUUUCCGUCUCACCUCCACCCUCAGCACCCAUCGGAAGAUCCACACCAGGGAAAAACACUAUGUCUGCCUCGUUUGCGGAAAGACCUUUCGGUUGAGUGCGUAUUUACAGGCCCAUGAAGCCACCCAUAGCGUGGACAACCCUUUUCGGUGUCUUGCAUGCGGGAAGAACUUCAGCUUGAGACGGUACCUGGCCAUUCAUCAGCGGAUCCAUACGGGAGAGAAGCCGUUCAAGUGCUCGGUAUGCAGGAAGGUCUUCAACCGGAGAUCGACCCUUAUCGUUCACCAGCGGGUCCACACUGGGGAGAAACCCUACAAGUGCCCUGAAUGCGGGAAGGGCUUCAUCAUGAGUUCAGACCUCCUUGCCCAUCGGAGAAUCCACACCGGGGAGAAACCCUACAACUGUCUCAACUGCAAUAAAAGCUUUCGGUUGAGCUCCCACCUCACGAGACACCAGCGAAGCCACACCGGGGAGAGACCGUACAAAUGUAUGGAUUGCGGGCAAAGCUACACAGACAGCUCUGGACUCAUCAAACACAAGAAGAUCCACAUGGAAAAGAAGAAGAGGGCAUCUCAGGGAGCCCAUGCCGGGGAAGGACGUUAUAAAUGCCCCUACUGUAGUAAGAGCUUCUAUGCAAAGUCAGCUCUGGUCCUUCACAGGGCUACCCACGUUGGAGAGCGACCCUAUAGAUGCUCCAAGUGUGAGAAGACCUUCAGCCACAGCGCAACCCUACUGAAACACCAACGAAUCCAUACGGGGGAGAGACCCUUCAAGUGUCCCAACUGUGAGAAGUGCUACAACGAUGGCUCAACCCUUCGGAGACACCAGAGGAGCCACACUGAGGAGAAACCCUAUAAGUGUCCCAGUUGUGAGGAAUGUUUUGGUGCCAUUGCAGCUCUCCUGAAGCAUCAGCGGUUCCACACCGAGGGGAGACCUUACAGAUGCUCUGACUGCGGGAAAAAUUUCCACUCUAAUUUUCUCCUCGUCACCCACCAACGAAUCCACACGGGAGAAAAACCCUACACCUGCCCCAUCUGCAACAAAAGCUUCCGCCAAGCCUCCCACUGUACGAGGCACCAGGAGAUUCACAGGAGGACCAGGGCUGGAGAAAGACCGACCAUCUGCGAGGAAUGCGGCCAGAGCUUCAGCCGUAGCUCGAACCUGGUGGUCCACCAGCGGUUGCAUGCCGGCGAGAAGCCCUACAAGUGCUUGGAGUGCGGGAAGAGCUUCAGCCGUAGCUCCCACCUCAUCACCCAUCAACGUCUGCACACCGGGGAGAAGCCCUACAAGUGUCCUGAUUGCGGGAAAAGCUUCAGCGACAGCUCCACUCUCAUCACCCACCAACGCUUGCACACCGGUGAGAAGCCCUACAAAUGCCCCGAUUGCGGCAAGGGCUUCAACCAGAGCUCCAACCUCACGUCCCACCAACGCACCCACACCGGGGAAAGACCCUACAAGUGCCCCGAGUGUGGGAAGAGCUUCAGCGUCAGCUCCUACCUGAUCCGCCACCAGAAGAUCCACACCGGGGAGAGACCCUAUAAGUGCGAGGAGUGCGAGAAGACGUUCAGCCAGAGCUCCAGCCUCAUCAUCCACCAGCGUGUCCACACCGGGGAGAAGCCCUACAGAUGUGUUGACUGCGGGAAGUGGUUUAGGAACAGCUCGGACCUCAUUAGGCAUCAGCGGACACAUACGGGUGAGAGACCCUACCGCUGCCCUGACUGCGGGAAGAGCUUCAACCGCAGCUCCAACCUGAUGACCCACCAACGCAUCCAUACCGGGGAGAAGCCCUACGAGUGUCCUGAGUGCGGUAGGAGCUUCACCGUGAGUUCUGCCUUGAUUAAACACCAAAGGACCCACCGGGAAGGGAAGCCCUAUGAGUGCCCCGACUGUGGGAAGAGCUUUAUACGCUGUUCGAAUUUCAUUACCCAUCGAAGGACCCACGUUGGGUAGAGACCUGAUGACAUCUGCGGGGAGGGUGGGAGAAGUUUUCCCUGUGGACCAUCCCUGGCCACCCACGGGCAAGUCCACACCAGUGAGAAGCCCUAUAAUUGUCCUGAGUGUGGGAAGAGCUUUGGGCGCAGCUCCCACCUCAUCGCCCACCAGCGUACCCACACCCACGAGCAACCCUACAGUUGUCCCGACUGCAGGAAGAGCUUCAACCAAAGGUCCAACCUCCUCAUCCACCAGCGGGUCCACACGGGAGAGAGACCCUAUGGAUGUCCUGAGUGUGGGAAGAGCUUCAGCUAUAGGUCUGUCCUCCUGAUCCACCAGAAGACCCACACUGGGGACAAGCCUUACACUUGCACCGACUGCAGGAAGAUCUUCAGCCACAGCUCGGACCUGACCAAGCACCACCGGAUCCACACUGGAGAGAGACCCUACAGUUGUGCCGAGUGUGGGAAGACCUUCAGCCUCCAUUCCCACCUCCUCUCCCAUCAGAGGACCCACAAGGGCGAGAAGCCCUAUGCUUGCCCCGAGUGCGGGAAGAGCUUCAACGAUAGCUCCAACCUGAUAACCCACCAACGUAUCCACACUGGGGAGAAGCCCUACAGAUGCCCCGAGUGUGAGAAGGGUUUUGGACGCCUCUCGCAUCUCUACCGGCACCAGAGGACCCACACGGGGGAGAAGCCCUUCACCUGCUUGAGCUGCGGGAAGAGCUUCAGUGAGAGCUCCUCCCACUUCAGCAAACACCGGCGGACCCACACCGGUGAGAAACCCUUCCUCUGCCUCCAUUGCGGUAAGAGCUUCAACGUCAGCUCCAACCUCUACCGGCAUCAACGGGCUCAUGCUGCCGAACGGCCAGGUCCACCGGCUCCACCGGCACGUCCCCGUGGAUUGCCGUAUAAAUGCGAGGAGUGCGGGAAGAGUUUUCGCCGUAACAAGGAGCUGGUGACCCACCAACGGUUGCACACCGGUCGGUUGCCCUUCCAAUGCAGUCACUGCGGUAAGAGCUUCAGUUGGAGCUCCCAUUUUGACCGUCACCAACGUGUCCAUACUGGUGAGAAGCCCUACCAGUGCCCUGAAUGCGGUAAGCGUUUUAGCCGUAGCUCUCACCUCUACCGGCACCAACGCACCCAUGCCGGCGGUCGCUCUUACAUCUGCACUUAUUGCGGGCGUAGUUUUGGUAGCACCCUCCAUUUUGACCGGCACCAACGUACCCACACCGGCCAACGACCCUACAAGUGCACCCUAUGCCGGAAGAGUUUUGGUGAUGGGCCGGCAUUGGUCAAACACCAACGCCUUCAUCUGGGUGAUGGUCCUUUCCGUUGCGAAGAGUGUGGUAAAGCCUUCGGCGCCCGCGCCCAAUAUGCCCGGCAUCGGCGUAGCCUCCACGGUGGCGGUGAGAAACCGUACCGUUGCGGUGAUUGCGGGAAGAGUUUUUCCUGGAGCUCUCAUUGGGAACGACAUCAACGUAUCCAUACUGGCGAACGACCCUACCAAUGCGGGGACUGUGGCAAACGUUUCGGCCGGACCUCCCAUCUCUACCGGCAUCAACGUACCCAUGCUGGCGGGCAACCCCACAUCUGUGCUGAUUGCGGGAAGAGCUUCAACAGCACCCUACACUUCCAUAAGCACCAACGGGCUCACGCCGGUCCCCGGCACGCCUGUCCCGAUUGCGGCAAGGCGUUUGCUGAUGGUUCAGCGUUGGCUAAGCACCGACGGGCACAUGCCGGUGAGAAGCCUUUCCCUUGCCCACAGUGUGGACGGCGUUUCGGCGUCAGGUCCAACCUUGCCCAGCACCGGCGUAUCCACACUGGUGAACGGCCUCACCGUUGCGGUGAUUGUGGCAAAGGCUUCAUCCAACGCUCUGACCUGGAGCGGCACCGGCGGGUUCACACCGGUGAACGGCCAUAUCCUUGCGGCGACUGUGGCAAACGCUUCAGCCGAGGCUCCAACCUUACCCAACACCGGCGCAUCCAUACUGGUGAACGGCCAUUUGCUUGCGGCGAUUGCGGCAAAGGUUUCAUCCAACGCUCCGACCUGGAACGGCAUCAACGGGUACACACCGGCGAACGACCCUAUACCUGUGCCGAAUGCGGUAAAAGCUUCAGCGUCAGCUCCCACCUCGACCGGCACCAGAAGAUCCACGCAGCCGAACAGAAACCCUACAAGUGUGGGGAAUGUGGAAAGGGUUUUGGGCAACGUUCGGCGCUGGUUAAACACCGGCGUAUCCAUACCGGAGAGAAACCCUACGCCUGCGGGGAUUGCGGAAAGGGUUUCAUCCAGAAGUCGGACCUGACCAUCCAUCGCCGGAUGCACACCGGGGAGAAACCUUACCGUUGCAGUGAGUGCGGUAAAUGCUUCAGCGUCUCCUCCAACCUCAUCACCCAUCAACGUACCCACCUCGGCGAGAAGCCCUACCAAUGCCCCGAAUGCGGCAAGAGCUUCAUCCAACGGUCCGAGCUCACCAUCCACCAGCGCGUCCACACCGGCGAGAAGCCCUACAAGUGUCCCGAGUGCGGCAAGUGCUUCAGCCGUAGCUCCCACCUCAACCGCCACCAACGCACCCACGCUGGGGACAAGCCCAAAGCCACCGCUGCUGCCGCCACCGCUGCUGCCAACCCCUCUGGCGCCUUCUCCAGCACCGCCUUCUCCCCGCCGUUGGGCGGUUCGGCAGCCCCCAUCCCCUCCCUGCCCUCCUUCCCUGCCUCCCCCUCGCCCCUGCCCAUCCCUUCCCUCUCCAGCCCUACCCUGGACCUGCCGUGGGCCCUCUCCUUCCCUGCCCGCGCCUUCCCCCACCCCUCCUUCCCCUCGGCCCCCGCCUCGGGGGCCCAGACCUCCUCCCUCAUCAACUGA